CAAUAUUUAUAACAAAAACUAUUAUAAUGUAUUUUAAUAUUUAAUUAACAAAUUUAAAAAGAAAAUGUACUUAAAUUUAAAUUUUAGAUAAUUUGUUUUAAAUCCACCCAAUGGCAAAUGAUACGGAAAUCCUUCAGAACUUGUGGAAUGGUAAGUUAGCUGUAUGUUUUCAACUAGACGAACAAGAAAUUCAUGGUAUUCAAAAUCCUGAACCCAUCUACUUAAUGGUACCUAGAAUGAGUUAUUUUCCACUAGUGUGUGACAAAGUUAAGAAACAUUUUGUCAAACAUGUAGACCCCGAAAAACAAGAAAUGGAAAUGUGGUUAGAUUUUAAUAACACUGCAUUAAAAUGGAACUAUCCUAUAGGUGUACUUUAUGAUCUCUUUACUUUUAAAGACAAACAAGCAGAAUUACCAUGGCAAGUUACAGUUCAUUUUGAUAAUUUCCCAGAAGAUCAACUGAUUCGAUGUUCUUGCAGAGAAGUAGUCGAGUCAAAUUUUAUGUCUUCAAUGAAAGAAGCGGAUAUGUUAAAGCAUAAGAGUCAAGUUUUUUCAACUAUGCAGCGCCACCAACAUAACCAAUUAUGGACCGGACUGUUAAAUGAUAAAUUUGAACAGUUUUGGUCAGAAAAUAAAAAACUCAUGGAGCCUACUGAUGGUGCAUGUUUUAAAUAUAUACCAGUACAUUUUUACCAUUCAGGUUCUUUAGUCAUGACCCAAUCGUUAGUUAAGCCGCUUACUGAUGAAGGAAAUUAUGUAACAUUAGAAGAACUUAUUAAAAUUACCUAUCCAUCACUGGAAAAAGUCGAUAUUUUCACACAUGGGAUACAUAUUCCGAAUGAUACACCAAUACAGUGGAUGAGCGAGCACAUGAGUUACCUUGAUAAUUUCCUACAUUUAAUUAUAGUUUAAGGUGUUAUCUGUAAAAAAAGAAAUACACUUUUGCCAAAAUAAUUAAAACUGUAAAAUUUGAUACGUUUUUGUAAUAUAUUUAUAAUAAAUAUAUGUAUAGUAUGAUUACUGUUUUUA